UGUGAAAGACCGCAAUUGGUGAAUGCUGACAGUCACCGGUUAAUGCCAACAUACACUAAAUUCAUUGGUGAAUGUCGACUUAUUGAUUAAAUUUGUGACCUUAGUAAACAUACACUAGUGAAUGUCGACAUUUAUACAACGAUAUUGGUGAAUGUUGGUAAUGCCGAUAUUAUUUAAUCUAAUUUAGGAAUAACGGAAGGGUCGCAAUAUUAUAAAACAGGUAUUAUACAAAUUGAUAAUUUUGAUAAAAUGUUUUGUUACAUACUAUCUAGUACCUAUGCAGCAUAAAGUAUUGUACAAGUUGAUAAUUUCGAUAAAGUGUUUUAUUGCCUUACCCAACUACUUUUAUUAUAUCUAGAUAACCUCCAUGCUAUCCUGUCUUGCUAUAAUUUAGUGUGGUAUUGUCAUUCAACGUACCUAGUUGUAUAUUUUUAUUUUUUUUUACAAUUUUUUUUUAAAAAUGGAAAACAUGCGCGAAUUAUUUUAUAAUAAAUGUAAUGAUUUAAUAUCUAAAAAAAGAAAUGAUAAUUCUUUUUUUCUAUCAGCUGAAAAAUAUAAUUUUUUAAUUAGUGAAGUGAACAUUUCAAAAGAUAAAGCUAAUAAACAACGUAAUGACUAUCGACGAUUAAAGCGGUAUGAUGUUUUGAAUAUACUCGGAAGUAAUAAACUUAUAGUUCCUUUAAAACCAGGAGAAACAAAUAUAAAAUAUUAUGUUAAAAAUGAAGAAUUAUUUGACAUUAUUCAACAAACACACAUUCAAACUGGUCACGGUGGACGUACUCGGAUGAUUAAAGAAUUGCAAUGUAAGUACAAAAAUAUUACAUAUGAAAUUGUUAUGCUGUAUUUGAGUUUGUGCAUUCAAUGUCAAACAAAACAAAAAGCGCCUAGAAAAGGUAUUGUUGUGAAGCCUAUAAUAAGUUCGGAGUUGAAUUCCCGAUGCCAAAUAGAUCUUGUUGAUAUGCAAACAUGUAAAGAUGGAGAAUACAAAUUUAUUUUAAAUUAUCAAGAUCAUUUGACAAAAUUUAUACAACUACGGCCGUUAAAAUCUAAAACUGCGGAAGAGGUUGCCCAUAAUUUGUUACAUAUAUUUUUAACUUUCGGGGCACCAAAUAUUUUGCAUUCUGAUAACGGUAGGGAAUUUGUGAAUAAAAUAAUCACAGAAUUGUGUUUAAUGUGGGAUGGUGUAAAAAUAGUACACGGCAAACCACGCCACAGCCAAACAGAAGGUUCAAUAGAGAGAGCGAAUCAAGAUAUUCAAAACCUAUUAAGAGCAUGGAUGUACGAAAAUAAUACGAACAAAUGGGCGGAUGGUCUAUAUUUUGUUCAAUUUACAAAAAAUACAGCAUACCAUGAAGGUAUAAAGCAAAGUCCGUAUGAAGCUAUGUUUGGCACAAAAGCCAAAAUGGGUCUGUUUUCGUCUUCUCUUCCUCGAGACAAAUUACAUGAACUUGAAUCAGAAGAGCAUUUGGAAAACAUAAUCAAAAAUAUGAAUUCUGAAAACAUUGAUCGAGAAAGUCUGCAAGAGUCGAGUGAUGCCGACCAACAUGACAAUAAUAAUACAGAUUCUGAAAACAUUGAUCGAGAAAGUCUGCAAGAGUCGAGUGAUGCCGACCAACAUGACAAUAAUAAUACAGAUUCUGAAAACAUUGAUCGAGAAAGUCUGCAAGAGUCGAGUGAUGACGAACAACACGAAAAAAAAAUAUCAAGUACGUUUUAACUAUUAAUAGAUAAACUAAUGAACGAAACUUAAUUUAUUCAAAUCACUUAAUUUUUAGAUAAAUCAAUUUCUAGAAAAAAAGAAAA